GGGCACGGGUCGGCUCCGGGCGCCUGCCGGAGUGGGGGCCGCGUCCCGGGGACGAGUUGUGCUGGGGCAGCGCCCUCUGCGACCGCGCCGGCGGGGAGCUUGAGGCGUCGGACAUGCUGAAGCCCGGGGACCCCGGCGGCUCGGCCUUUCUCAAAGUGGACCCAGCCUAUCUGCAGCACUGGCAGCAACUCUUCCCGCACGGCGGCGGCGGCGGCCCGCUCAAGGGCGGCGGCACCGUGGGGCCCCUGGGCGCGCCGCAGCCCCUCCAGCCGCCGCCGCCGCCGCCGCCGCCGCCCCCCGAGCGCGCCGAGCCGCCGCCCGACAGCCUGCGCCCGCGGCCCGCCUCGCUCUCGUCGGCCGCCUCCACCCCGGCUUCCUCCUCCACCUCGGCCUCCUCUGCCUCCUCCUGCGCCGCCGCGGCCGCGGCCGCCGCUGCAGCCGCCGCGCUGGCGGGGCUGUCGGCGCUGCCCGUGGCGCAGCUGCCCGUGUUUGCGCCCCUGACCGCCGUCGCGGCGGAGCCGCUGCCUCCCAAGGACCUGUGUCUCGGGGCCGCGUCGGGCCCGGGGCCCGCCAAAUGCGGCGGGGACGGCCGGGGCGCCCCUCGCUUCCGCUGCAGCGCCGAGGAACUGGACUAUUACCUGUACGGCCAGCAGCGCAUGGAGAUCAUCCCGCUCAACCAGCACACCAGCGACCCCAACAACCGUUGCGACAUGUGUGCGGACAACCGCAACGGAGAGUGCCCCAUGCAUGGGCCCCUGCACUCACUGCGCAGGCUUGUGGGCACCAGCAGUGCAGCAGCCGCGGCGCCGCCUCCUGAGCUGCCGGAGUGGCUGCGGGACCUGCCGCGGGAGGUGUGCCUGUGCACCAGCACCGUGCCGGGCCUGGCCUACGGCAUUUGUGCGGCCCAGAGGAUCCAGCAGGGCACUUGGAUCGGGCCCUUUCAGGGUGUGCUUCUGGCCCCGGAGAAGGUGCAGACAGGUGCCCUGAGGAACACGCAGCACCUCUGGGAGAUAUAUGACCAAGAUGGGACACUACAGCACUUUAUUGAUGGUGGGGAACCUAGUAAGUCAAGCUGGAUGAGGUAUAUCCGAUGUGCAAGGCACUGUGGAGAACAGAAUCUAACAGUCGUUCAGUACAGGUCGAAUAUAUUCUACCGAGCCUGUAUAGAUAUCCCCAGGGGCACCGAACUACUGGUGUGGUACAAUGACAGCUAUACGUCUUUCUUUGGGAUACCCUUACAAUGCAUUGCCCAGGAUGAAAACUUAAAUGUCCCUUCCACGGUGAUGGAAGCCAUGUGCAGACAAGAUGCCCUGCAGCCUUUCGCCAAGAGCAGCAAGCUCUCCUCGGCACCCCAGCAGCGUUCGGUGGUGUUCCCACAGACACCCUGCAGCCGGAACUUCUCGCUCUUGGACAAGUCCGGACCCCUGGAGCCAGGCUUCAGCCAGAUCAGUGUGAAGAACCAGCGCGUCCUGGCGAGCCCCACCUCCACCAGCCAGCUGCACUCCGAGUUCAGUGACUGGCACCUCUGGAAAUGCGGGCAGUGCUUUAAGACUUUCACGCAACGGAUCCUCCUCCAGAUGCACGUGUGCACACAGAACCCUGACAGACCUUACCAGUGCGGCCAUUGCUCCCAGUCCUUUUCCCAACCUUCAGAGCUGAGGAACCACGUGGUCACUCACUCCAGUGACCGACCUUUCAAGUGCGGCUACUGCGGUCGUGCCUUUGCCGGGGCCACCACCCUCAACAAUCACAUCCGAACCCACACUGGAGAAAAGCCCUUCAAGUGCGAGAGGUGUGAGCGGAGCUUCACGCAGGCCACCCAGCUGAGCCGACACCAGCGGAUGCCCAAUGAGUGCAAGCCAAUCACCGAGAGCCCCGAAUCAAUCGAAGUGGAUUAACGGAUUGACUGGUUGGAAUUAAACUGCAAGGAAAAGUCAUGAUUAAAUGUCACGGACACUUAAGCAAAACCAAAGAUUUCCUCUGAGCAACUCUCAAUCAGUCCCAGAAAACCAAAAGCAGUAAUAAAAUAAGUAAGAUGUUAGAAGAUAUUGAUCCCAUGGUGGAAGUCAGACCAGGAAAGAGAUUAUUUAUUUAUGACUAGGGAUGAGACUGAUUUCAGUGGACAGCUAACCUGGAAUGGCUAACACUUCCAGUGCCACCAUGCAUUUGCUUUGUUUCUAAAAAGCUUUUUUUAAAAAAAUAAAAUAAAAACAACUGUUAUUUAAUACCAAAGGGAGGAUCGUGUGGGCUCCUCUGCCCACCUUUGGGACUGAGAAUGCACAGCAACUUGUUUCUCGUGGCACCUUUUUUGAGUAGCAUGAUUCGAGGGGACCCCACUGUACAGCCCUGCUUCCUGCUGUUAUGGUUCUGCUUGGCCUGACUUGAUGGCCUGACGGGGACCUGGGAAGUGAGAGCCUUGGAGGCCAGCUUGGUCCUCAGCCCCAAAGGCUUCUACUCCUGGGUGUUUCCACGCUCACUUCUCACACACUUUUCACAAGGC